AUGACGAUCAAAAGCGUGACACGAUCGCUCCGGCGUAAUUUUGGUAGUACCAGAAAGAAAACGCCUAAAGAUCAACCAUCAGCCUCCUCACCGACAACCCCAUCUCCUCCUCAACAACAACAACCACAAGCCAAUACUCAUAACAACAACACACCUUCAUCCAAUUCAUCCAUCGUGACCCCUCCUGAUGGUAACCAAGAUACGUUGCUCAAUGGUAUUGGGCCCUACCGUUUCCAUGGACCACUGGGUAGUGGCAAGUUUAGCCGUGUUGUAUUAGCCAGGCACCGUGACACUGGCAAACAAGUGGCCAUCAAGAUCAUUGACAAACAAGCCCAUGAGUACCGAGUCAUGUCACGGCUUGUACGAGAAAUCUAUUUGAUGGAGAUGUUGGAUCAUGAAAACAUUGUCAAGCUUUACGAAACCAUUGAAACAUGCGACUCGUUAUUCCUUGUGAUGGAAUACAUUCCUGGGGUCAAUUUGGAUGAGUACUUGCAUCGACAAGGUGGCAAGCUUAAAGAGGAUGAGGCACGUCAUUACUUUCGACAAAUGGUAUCUGCUGUCUACUUUUGCCAUAAUCGAUGGGUGGUCCAUCGUGAUCUCAAGACACCCAAUGUACUUAUUACACCGGAUGGCGUGGUCAAGUUGGCUGACUUUGGCCUGGGCAACCGGUUUGGGUUACAGCGGCUCAAGACCAUUUGUGGAUCCAUGCUCUACUACAGUCCCGAAAUUAUCACUGGACAAAAGUACUUUGGACCCGAGGUGGAUUGUUGGUGUCUUGGCAUUGCACUUUUUCGAAUGACGUCUGGCUAUGAACCAUUUUCACAUGCACACACUGUGGGCGAGCUCAAACGUGAUGUGUGUAGCUGCAACUACAAAAUGCCUGAUUCAAUUAGCCCCGAGCUACAAACUACCAUUCGCAAAUGCCUGCAGACCGAUCGACGUAAACGUAUGACCGUACGACAAGCACUCAAAGAUGAUCCAUGGCUGACAAAGAAUGGCGAAUUAUCAUGCCCCUUUUCGGAUGUCCCUAAAACCGCCUAUGAUGAAAUUGUGGGUGAUGAUCUUGGUGAAUCAAGUAGCAAUGAUCGGCAGGAACGAGAACGUCGUGCACGUCGCCAAUUUAUGAAAGACCUUGAACAUGAUUCAAACAUGCAUAGCAGUGUCAAGCAUACCAUCAUCUACCACCCUGUUAAUCCAUCCACUUACUUUACCACUGGCAUGGCACCUACUAAUUGUCACCACCACCAUCAGCAACAUAAUCCACCACCUUCCCACCGGAUCCAUCAGCAUCAUUAUCAUUAUCAACAUGAGAACAUUGAAAUCUUGCGCUCGGAGCUCCUUCAAUCCAUUCGUGCACGAGCCAAACGACUUGGUAUCCGAUCCGCUGAACGAUGGGGUGGCACAGCACUAGCAUUACGUUUAAAGCCAUCUGAAGUGGAAAAAGCCAAUGGCAACAGCAGCAAUAACGGAUUCAAAUUGUACGAUAUGAUGCAACGUUUGACCCGUAGUCAAGUGUAUUGUUUCCAUGUCAACUACAAGUCAUCAUCACAACUCCAUCCACCUCCUUCCUUGUCAUCCUCCUCCAAUAUGAGCACAUCCACAUCAUCAUCACCAAGCACAACCUUAUCCCAUCCUUCUUUGGGUGAUCAUUCCCAUGGCAACAACAACAACACCCAAUCAGAACACCAUUCGAGUCUGCAAAAGGAUUUUAUGACUUUGCUCAAACACACAUGCCAAUUGAUGGGGAUUACUUAUUCACAAGAAAGUCCUACACGUCUUUUAUGUGUGCUUACAUUACGCGAGCCAUCCAAAGAUGACAAGAAACCUGAUGGGACAUCCUCCAAUAGUCGACCCCCACCCCCACCCACCAAGAUGCGAAGGCGUACGAGUCGUAGCAGUACACGUAGCAGUACAGCUGCCAGUAGCACGGAUGAAAUCAUUAUUGGUUCAGAGCCAUUCCGACAUCGUCGUAUGUCAUUGCCUCUUAUUUCUCAUUUAACAUCAUCCAUGACAACUUCCUUUUUUGGUCGAGCCAAGGCACGUCAAUCAGUGGACGAGAAAUCGGAUAAGCAACAACAUCAUGGCCAUCAUCAUCAACAACAGCAACAGCAACAACAACAACAGACAGCGCAAAUUAAGAAAAAGGAUAGCUUGGCGGUGUUUUCGAUUGAUAUCGAGCAACGACCUGGUGGGGGUGGUACCAAUGCUACGACCAUGGUCGCAUUACGAUUUUCACGGCAACGAGGAUCCAAUACAGUGUUUAAAAUGGCAGGUGGUUGGAUCACAGGUGUCUUGUCCUUGCCACCCCAAGAAUGA